UGCAGCGAAACCAAAAACAAAAAAGAAGAAGAAGAAGAAGAAAUUUGGCGGCAAAGUAAAGUGGGAAAAUUGUUUCCGUUGUCUUAUUAAUAAGGGUUAAGUUAAAAAGUUUUUAUAAAAGUUUAUAGUACUACACGAAUAAGAAAACUAAACAACAACCUUUGACAAUGGAGGAGCUUAUACAGAAGAAACGCAAAAGGAAGAUACCUAGUCUGAGUGGAGGAUCCGAAGAAAAUUGCUCUCCAAACAUUGUAGAAGAGACUGUUGUUAAAAAAUCGAAGUCAGGAAAGAAGUUGGGUUCUUCUGAAGAAAGGGAAUUGGGUCAAAAUAAAGAAUCUUCUUCAGAUACUACCUCCAAGGGUGAAGAUUUCGAGGUCAAAGUGGCUUCUGACAGAGGAAAAAAAUUUGACUACUUGUUGAAACAGAUUGAAAUUUUUUCACAUUUUAUGAACCAAACAAAAUCUGGGAGGCCUAAAAAGGAGAAGUCUGAUACAUCUGGUUUAAGACAUCGUAAAACUGAACAAGAAGAAGAUGAAGAACUUUUAGCAGAAACCAACCUUAAAACAAAGACUAUAACUCGUUUUGAUUCCUCACCACCCUACAUUAAAAAUGGGGAAAUGAGAGAUUAUCAAGUCCGUGGUUUGAACUGGAUGAUUUCUUUGUAUGAACAUGGCAUCAAUGGUAUUUUAGCAGAUGAGAUGGGAUUGGGUAAAACUUUACAAACCAUAUCUCUGCUUGGAUAUAUGAAGCACUAUAAAAGUACACCUGGUCCUCAUAUUGUCGUUGUUCCUAAAUCUACCUUAUCAAAUUGGAUGAAUGAGUUCCAGCAGUGGUGUCCAACCUUGAGAGCUGUUUGUCUCAUUGGCGAUCAAGAGGCUAGGAACUCAAUUAUCAGAGAUACGAUGAUGCCUGGUGAAUGGGAUGUCUGUAUAACCUCGUAUGAAAUGUGUAUUAAAGAAAAAUCUCUAUUAAAAAAGUUCAAGUGGAGAUAUCUGGUCGUUGAUGAAGCUCAUCGUAUAAAAAAUGAAAAAGCUAAGCUUUCCGAAAUUCUCAGGGAAUUCAAGAAUACCAACAGGCUACUGCUAACAGGUACUCCAUUACAAAACAAUUUACAUGAACUCUGGUCUCUUCUCAACUUCUUACUGCCAGACGUUUUUAACUCAUCUGAUGAUUUCGAUGCCUGGUUUAACACCAGUCAAUGUCUGGGAGACAACUCCAUGGUGGAGAGGCUGCAUGCUGUAUUAAAACCAUUCUUGCUUAGAAGAUUGAAAAUUGAAGUAGAGAAAGGGCUAAAACCCAAGAAGGAGUUAAAAGUGUAUGUAGGAUUGAGCAAAAUGCAGCGAGAAUGGUAUACCAAAGUGCUAAUGAAGGAUAUUGAUAUACUGAAUGGUGCACAGGUGGCAAAAAUGCGGCUACAGAAUAUUUUCAUGCAGUUGAGAAAAUGCACCAAUCACCCCUACCUUUUUGAUGGCGCUGAGCCCGGACCACCUUACACAACCGAUGAACAUCUCGUAUACAAUUGCGGUAAAAUGGUGCUGCUGGAUAAACUACUUCCCAAAUUGAAGGAACAGGAAUCUCGUGUACUUAUCUUCUCUCAGAUGACGCGUAUGUUAGAUAUACUUGAAGAUUACUGUCAAUGGCGACAGUACCAAUAUUGUCGUUUGGACGGUCAAACGUCACACGAAGACAGGCAGAGACAAAUCAACGAGUAUAACGAGGAAAAUAGCCAAAAGUUUAUCUUUAUGUUGUCAACUAGGGCCGGUGGAUUGGGUAUUAAUUUGGCCACAGCCGAUGUAGUUAUUAUAUAUGAUUCGGAUUUGAAUCCCCAGAGGGAUCUGCAAGCUAUGGACAGAGCGCAUAGAAUUGGUCAGAAGAAACAAGUCAGAGUUUUCAGAUUUAUUACCGAGAACACUGUAGAGGAAAAAAUCGUCGAAAGAGCUGAAGUAAAAUUACGUUUAGAUAAAUUAGUUAUCCAACAGGGUCGUUUAGCCGAUUCCAAAUCACAGACCCUAAACAAAGACAGAAUGUUGAACAUGAUCCGGUAUGGUGCCAACCACGUAUUUGCUUCUAAGGAUUCCGAAAUAACAGAUGAAGAUAUCGACAGCAUAUUGGAAAAGGGCGAAAUGAAGACCGAUCAGCUGGCUCAGAAGAUGGAAGCUAUGGGCGAAUCGUCACUUCGCAACUUCACAGUCGAAACACCCACUGAAUCACUCUACCAAUUCGAAGGAGAAGAUUAUCGUGAGAAGCAGAAAACCAUCAGCUUAAGCAACUGGAUAGAGCCUCCCAAAAGAGAAAGGAAGGCCAAAUAUUCCAUCGAUGCUUACUUCAAAGAAGCUUUAGGGGCUUCUGACCUUGAGCCUGAGCGUGAGCCUGAGCCUGAAUCUGAGCCUGAGCCUGAGUCUGAACCUGAGCCUGAAUCUGAGCCUGAGUACGAGCCUGAGUCUGAGCCUGAGUCUGAGCCUGAGUGUGAGCCUGAGCCUAAAGCACCCAAAGCUCCAAGACCACCAAAACAACCCAUCCUGCAAGAUUUCCAAUUUUUCCCGCCAAGAUUAUUCGAACUUUUGGACCAGGAGAUCUACUUUUACAAGAAAUCUUCGGGAUAUAAGGUUCCGAACCAUUUAGAACUUGGACCUGACGUGUCCGAGCAAGAGAAAGAAAAGCAAAGAAAAAUAGAUGAAUCGGAACCGCUUACCGAAGAGGAUCAGCAAGAGAAAGAAAACUUGUUAACGCAAGGUUUCACCAAUUGGAAUAAACACGAUUUCAACCAAUUCAUCAAAGUCAACGAGAAAUAUGGUAGGGACGAUAUUGAGAACAUCGCUAAGUAUGUUAAAGGCAAAACGCCUGAAGAAGUUAUGGAAUAUUCUGCGGUGUUUUGGGAAAGAUGCCAUGAAUUACAGGAUAUUGAUAAUAUAAUGGCUCAGAUUGAGAGAGGAGAAACUGAAAUACAAAGAAGACUUAGUAUUAAGAAAGCACUUGAUGCUAAAAUGGCAAGAUAUCGUGAACCAUUCCAUCAGCUGAGAAUUUCUUACGGCACCAACAAAAACAAAAACUACAAGGAAGACGAGGACAGGUUUUUGGUAUGUAUGUUGCACAAGUUGGGUUUCGAUAAAGAAAACGUCUAUGAAGAGUUGAGAGCAGCUGUACAAGCAUCAGAACAAUUCAGAGAUUCGCUCUUAAAAUGGAGAACUGCUACGGAGCUGCAAAGGAGAUGCAACACAUUGAUAACGUUAAUAGAAAGAGAAAAUGCUGAAUUGGAGGAAAGAGAAAAAAUUAACAAGAAGAAAGAAGUUUCCAAAUCUUCAAAUCUUGGAGGUAUUCCUGUCCAAAUCAGCUCGAAAUCUUCACAGAAACGGAAGAAAGACACUUCUGCUGGUGGUAUACAAAAAAUAGAAAAAAUUGAUAAGGAGAAAAAAGUUUCCAAAUCUUCAAAUCUUGGAGGUAUUCCUGCCCAAAUCAGCUCGAAAUCUUCACAGAAACUGAAGAAAGACAUUUCUGUUGGUGGUGUAUAAAAGAGAAAGAAGAAAAAAUAUGAAACAUGCUUUACUUUCCAAUUACUUACAGUUGAUUGUGUGUUUGAAUGUGGAUGAAUAUUUACGAUUAGAAGAAACAAUAGUUUUAAGAUUUUUUUAUUUAUUUUACAGUUUAAAAUGUAAUGUCCAUAGAUAUGUACUAUGCCAACAAAUUUUCUUGGUGCAUAUAAAAAUCCUUUUUGUAUUCCUUACAUAUACAUAAAAAUAUCCUGUUAAUAAACAGUCUAAAAUCUUUUAUACAAAUUAAAAUAUUUGAUAUAUUCCUC